AUGCCAAGCCCCAAGCCGAGCAAGCCUUCUUCCUCCAGCCUCUUGCCCAAUGCCAAGGGCACAGCCAGCCCCCUGUCGAAGGGGACAGAGCCGGUGGCCCGGGGGGUCAGCGGAUUCCACAGCCAAGAAGCUCUACUCAACCCUCGCCAAGCCACUGCAACAGCCUCAUCGCCACAAACACCGGCCCCACUCCUUGCCCCCCAACCCAUCUCCCCACAGUUGCCGGCUUUCCCCAUCAUGAUGGUGACCCCGCCGCCAGGCCGCCUCAGCACAUCCCCGCACCUGCAGGCCCUGCUUCAGGACAAGCAGCAGUUCGUGCAACAGCUCUCCAUAGAAAACCGCGGGCGCACCCCGUUCCUGCACGUGACGCCCCUGAGCAGCCCAGCUCUGCUCAAUGUGCCGCCGCCCACUGGGGUCUUCUCCCUGAAAGCCCGCCCAGCCCAGCUGCACAGCCUCUCUCACGGGAUCAACCUGGCUAGUUUGGAAUGGGUGCCCAAAGAGCCAGCCAACGCACUGACAAACUACCUCUGCGCCGUCCCUUCCCCCGGAGCCGGGGAGGCCCGGGCCCGCUUUCCAGCCACCCGCUGCCACAGUCCCGGCGACGCGUCCGCUCCCAGACCUGCUUUCAAGAAAGAGAGUGCUGCCCCGUCCAGCCCUCACGGCUCUCACCCGCUUUUGGCCAAUGGUGCAUGCAGAUGGCCGGGCUGUGAAAAGGUCUUUGAAGAAUCGAAGGAAUUCCUGAAACACUUCCACACAGAUCAUCGGAUGGACGAGAAGGGCCGAGCUCAGUGCCUUGUACAGAAGGAGGUGGUGCAGAGCCUGGAGCAGCAGCUGGUCCUGGAGAAGGAGAAGCUCAGCGCCAUGCAAGCUCAUCUCACCGGGAAGCUCUCCCUGCCAAAGUUGCCCUCUUCCAUCUCCGCAGAGAAACCCAACGGCUGUCUGCCUGGAACCCUAAAUCCCAGUUUGGCCCCAGCCUGGCCUACCUCCAAGGAAACCCCAGACAGCCUGUUUGCCAUGAGAAGGCACCUCUGGAGCAGCCAUGGAGUCAGCAUGUGUCCAGACAUCCUCCACAACAUGGAGUAUUUCAAAUUCAACAACAUGCGGCCACCCUUUACCUACGCUACCCUCAUCAGAUGGGCCAUCUUGGAGGCACCCGAGAAGCAACGGACACUCAACGAGAUCUACCACUGGUUCACCAGGAUGUUUGCGUAUUUCCGAAACCAGCCGGCUACGUGGAAGAACGCCAUCCGCCACAACCUCAGCCUGCACAAGUGCUUUGUGAGGGUGGAAAACGAGAAAGGUGCAGUGUGGACCGUGGACGAGGUUGAAUACCGAAGGAAAAGGAGCCAGAGACCCAGCAGGGAUCACGAUGUCAAGCGGCUGCUGCCUUAUGCCCAGCUGGCCCUGGCCGAAUCCUGGCUACCACUGCCCCUGGCUUCCAGCUAAGUGCCCCUCCUUGGCCGCAGGCUGGCUUCUUUGCCCUCCCGCCGGCUUUUGGGAGCCCAGGGCCACCGCAGCGGCCGAGCUGGCCGGUGAGGGGGCAGCCACCUGGGAGAGCAAGCCACCCCUGCCCCAGGUGCCGCCGGACAACGGAAAAUCCCUCCCCUCUUCCGCUUCUUCUCCCCUUUCGGCCCUCAGG